AUAGUAGUGUGGAGAAUCCUAUGACGAUUUAAAGAUUUUCAAUAGAGGGUCCAGUUUGUGCGUUCGCGUUUCAUUCGUUUGAUUCUUUUCAGAUUUCGUCACGACCUGUGGAAAUAGCCGCCGCUUUCUUGAGAUUUCGUCAUAUUGAAGGAGAGCACUCACUGAACACACACACACACAAUGUCUGCUGACGAGGCACAAGAGAAAGCAGUGGUAGAUGCUGGUCAAGAUUCCGAUGGAGAGGCAGAGGAGAAGGGUGGCUUCAAUAACUUCGUCAAUUCACCGGCCUUCCUGAGUGGCAUCAUGCGUCGACAGGUGCUUCAGUUGAUGGUUAAAUCACUGCCAGAACCCGUACAGAAGCGCAUUAAGGCACUGAAGAAUCUUCAAUUGGAAUAUUUUGACAUUGAGGCGAAAUUUUACGAGGAAGUGUAUGAGCUUGAGAAGAAGUACCAAGCUCUGUACAAUCCAAUUCUCGAGAAGAGGCGCAACAUUGUGGCCGGGACGUAUGAGCCAACGGGUAAGGAGGUGGAAUACCAAUCAGACCAUGAGGAUGAUGAUGAGAUAACGGAGAAAAUGAAGGAAUUGAGUGCAGAAUUUAAGGGUACAAAGCUCGAUUACCCGGCUGAUGUUAAAGGUAUUCCGGAUUUCUGGCUCAAAAUCUUCCGGAAUGUCACCCUCAUUUCGGACAUGGUGCAGGAACACGAUGAGGUGAUCCUGAAGAAGCUCAAAGAUGUGACAAUCAAGUAUGGGGAUGAGGGUAUGAGCUACACGCUGGAGUUCCAUUUUGAGCCCAAUGAGUACUUUACGAAUGAAGUUCUCACGAAGCAGUACUUCCUCAAGGCAGCCAUUGAGAAGGAUGACCCGUUCUCCUUUGAGGGCACAGAGAUUUACAAAUGCGUUGGGUGCGAGAUCAAUUGGAACAAAGGGAUGAACCUCACGGUGAAGACAAUCCGGAAGAAGCAGAAGCACAAGGCACGCGGAGCUGUGCGUACAAUCACCAAGGUGGUGCCCAAUGAUUCCUUCUUCAAUUUCUUCAGCCCACCCGAGGUGCCGGAGGAUGAUUCGAAGAUUGAUUCGGAGAAUGAGAAUCUCCUUGCGAGUGACUUCGAAAUUGGGCACUUCCUCCGUUCACGCGUUAUCCCCAAAGCGGUGCUCUACUACACGGGUGACGUGGUCGAUGAUGAUGAUGAUGAUCUGGAGGAGGAGGAGGAGGAAGAUGCUGAAGAGGAGGAUGACGAUCUCGAGGGGGAUUGUGAUAAGUACAUCGACAAAAUUGGGGGCUCCAAGAAGGAGAACCCACCGGAAUGUAAGCAGCAGUGAGGUGGCGCAAGCAGACGCACCAUCCCGGAGCUUUUAUGCUAAAAAUUUGUGGGUCAAUUUCUUUUCUUUUUCUCCUUUCUUCAUCAUUUAUUUCUUUUGUCUGUCAAAAUAAACGCGAUGCUUUGAAUUAACAUCACACAUUCCUGAUAAAAAAAAACCAACCCGGGAGAUUAUAGAAGCGUCUUUUUUUUUUCUUCCCCCCCUCAUGUCUAUCCACGCUCAUUUGUGGCUUAAUCAUUUGAAUUACAAUAAAUUUUCUUUUUUUUUUUUAAUUAUAAUCAAAAAUUCUCAAAGGAAAA